AUGGGCUAUCCUGUAGUCGACAUGGACGCUACUACCAAGUCUUGUAUGAACAAGGGAACUGUGAUGAAACAAGAUCUCCAGGAGGCCGCCAUCGCCAUAGAUUGCAUGUUCAAGAAAGAAUUUUGCCGUCAAGUUUUAAAGAGACACAACAAAUGGCCUAUGCUCUCGUUUGAUCCACAACUCAACCCACAUAUAGUAUCAUGUAUCCUAGAGAACGAGUGGGGCGAAACUACCUCCCUCAAAUGGGACCCGAUGGACUUUCAGCAUGUCCACUUAAAGAAAAAUUUCGAUUUCAAAAAAUAA